AAAAAUUAAACUCCACAAAACAUGCCCUCGGAAGAGGAGCAGCAGCCGCUGCUAAGCGGGUUUGAAUCAAAUGCUCGCAUUUCGGAGUUGAAAUCGGUUGAAAUCGAAGAGUUCUUUGAACACAAGCCCGUGGCAAUCCGAUGGUGGCCUCGGUUGGUGGCGUGGGAGUCAAGGCUCCUCUGGGUUCUAUCUGGGUCCUCCAUUGUUGUCUCUGUAUUCAAUUACAUGCUCUCUUUUGUAACCCUCACAUUUACCGGCCAUUUGGGUUCUGUGGAGCUCGCAGGGGCAUCCAUAGCUAGUGUAGGAAUUCAAGGUCUUGCUUAUGGGAUUAUGUUGGGCAUGGCAAGUGCUGUGCAAACGGUGUGCGGGCAAGCGUACGGGGCGAAUAGACAGGCGUCAAUGGGUGUCAUAUGCCAAAGAGCAAUCGUCCUGCACUUGGGAGCAGCAGUCCUCCUAACGUUCCUCUAUUGGUACUCGGGCGCAUUCCUCAAAGCCAUUGGGCAAUCAGAGAGCAUAGCAGAGCAAGGCCAGAUUUUUGCACGCGGUUUGAUCCCUCAACUCUAUGCGUUUGCUACAAGCUGCCCUAUGCAGAGGUUCCUGCAAGCACAGAACAUUGUGAAUCCUUUGGCGUAUAUGUCUAUUGGGGUGCUCCUGUUUCACAUUCUUCUCACAUGGAUUGUGGUUUAUAUUUUGGAUUAUGGGCUUCUGGGGGCUGCUCUUACGCUCAGCCUGUCUUGGUGGAUUCUUUCCAUUCUAAAUGCACUCUACAUUCUUCUAAGUCCUUCUUGCAAAGAAACUUGGACUGGCUUCUCUAUAAAAGCCUUCACAGGAAUUUGGCCUUAUUUCAAGCUGACUAUUGCUUCUGCUGUCAUGUUGUGUUUGGAGAUAUGGUACAGCCAAGGACUAGUGCUUAUAUCAGGGCUCCUCCCCGAUCCUACAAUCUCACUAGACUCCAUUUCAGUUUGCAUGAAUUAUCUGAACUGGGACAUAACUUUCAUCUUGGGCCUAGCUGCAGGAACCAGUGUUCGGAUCAGCAAUGAGCUUGGGGCAGGGCAUCCAAAGGUUGCUAAGUUUUCAGUGUUGGUGGUGAGCGCGACCAGCCUUUUGAUCAGUAUACUUUUCAGCGCACUUGUGAUGAUAUUUCGGGUUGGAUUAGGCGAACUCUUCUCAAGCGACACUGAGGUUCUUGCUGCAGUGUAUAAUCUGACACCAUUGCUUGCCAUCUCCAUCCUCUUGAAUGGCAUUCAGCCUAUCUUAUCUGGUGUGGCCAUUGGAAGUGGAUGGCAAGCUGUGGUGGCUUAUGUUAACCUGGCAUGCUACUAUGUUGUUGGUCUCCCCAUUGGAUGUGUUCUUGGCUUCAAAACUAGUUUAGGAGUAGUUGGGAUCUGGUGGGGCAUGAUUAUCGGAGUACUUUGCCAAACGGUGACUCUUCUAAUUAUAACAGCCAGAACAAAUUGGCAAUCAGAGGUUGAAAAGGCUAUCGACCGCGUGAAUAAAUCUACAAAUGAAGAGACCUUGGAGUUGCUGACCAGCAUUUAAGGAAUUUCAAUGACUCAAAUUAACCUAAUGAACUGGCGUUAUAGUAUAUUUUAUAUGUCAAAAGAAUUAGAGUUUUAUAGUACAUUUAAGAUCCUUGACAUUAGCUCUAUCAAUCUUUGUCAGAUUAGUGUGUUGAUGGUGCUCUCCCCAAUAGGAGGUUCUUUAUAAUUGUAAGUGGCAAAAGAGUGAUUUUGUAUUGGUUUAAAUUUUGGAUAAUAAAUGCCAUCUUCUUAAAUUGAUAAGA